GGCAGCUGGCGGGGCGACUCCGGGAAGCAGCGGCGCCCGUUUGUUCCCUCUCUCUCUCCGUCUGCGCCCCCCUCCCCCUCCCCGCCCCCGCCCCACGUGAGGCACUUCGCCAGCGCAGCAGUAGCGCGACUUCCUGGACCCAGUCUUGGCGCGCGCGCACGGCCGCGACGAGCGCGUCCCUCCUAUAUCCGCAGCCGGGCUCAGUCGAAGCGUUUAGCGUGCUUCGUCGUCCGGGCGAGCUAGUUGGGAAAAAAUCUCCAGGAUGAACUUCUUCCUAGAAACACUGAGAUUAAUUGGGCUGUCUAUAUAUUAUACACUGGAGUCUAUCUUUUUAUUAUUUAUUCCUGUGCGGAAGAAGAAUGUUUCUGGUGAAAUAGUGCUUAUAACUGGAGCGGGAAAUGGAAUUGGAAGACUUUUGGCUUUAAAAUUUGCUCGUCUUGGAGCCACUCUAGUUCUCUGGGAUCUUAACCUGGAAGGAAACAAAGAGACAGCCAGACUAGCAAAAAAAAUGGGAGCUGUAAGAGUACAUGACUACAUCUGUGACUGCAGCAAGAGGCAAGAGAUCUAUCGAGUGGCAGAUCAGGUGAAAAAGGAAGUUGGUGAUGUGAGCAUCCUGAUUAACAAUGCUGGCAUUGUAACAGGAAACAUGUUCUUGGAAUGUCCAGAUUCGCUGAUAGAGAAAACCAUGGAAGUGAACGCAAUGGCACACUUUUGGACGGUCAAAGCAUUUCUUCCAGCCAUGAUAGCCUCUAAUCAUGGACAUCUGGUGACUGUUGCAAGCAUGGCUGGGUUAACUGGUGUCAAUGGACUGGCAGAUUAUUGUGCAAGCAAGUUUGCAUCUGUUGGCUUUGCAGAGUCCCUCAUUUUAGAGUUGUUAUCAAUGGGCAAGACUGGUAUUAAAUCCACGAUUGUCUGCCCAUAUUUCAUCAACACUGGAAUGUUUGAUGGCUGUCAGACAAAGUGGCCAGUUUUGCUGCCUAUACUCGAGCCAGAAUAUGUGGCUGAAAGGAUUGUGUCUGGUAUUCUACGGAAUGAUUUAUAUAUCUUAUUGCCACGAAGCUUAUACUUUUUGAAUGUAGUUAAAGGUAUUGCACCUACAAAAAUAUGUCUUCUCCUUGGAGAAUACCUGGGUGUUUUCAUUUUUAUGGAUAAGUUCAGAGGUCGGUCAAAGAAGAUUGAAGACAAUAAAUACCAGAAACCAACAAGAAAAAUUCCAAAUUCUGUUGGAUGACCUGUGUACUGAAAAGCAGAUGUAUGCAACUCUCAUAAUGACUAAGUGUUAGUGUUCUGGAUGCUUAUGCCUAAAAUAUCAAAGCAGGGAUGAGUCAUUAGAAGUAAAAUCUACUGUUGAACCAAAUAACAUGGAUAUGGAAAUAUGAAUGACUUUAAUUACAGCUACUUUUGGCAUUGCUACAAUGUUCCUCUGAAUUAUAACUAAUGAACAGUCUAAUUCUUGGAAAUCAUGGUAUUUUAUUGUACAAAGUUUAUUGCUUUUCUUUUUAUACACAAACUGAAUAGUGGCAAUAAUGAAAUUAUACUCUUCUUAAUAAACAUGAUUUCAGCAGCUAAA